CUCAACUUUACAACACUGACACGGCUGGGAUUUGCAAUGUGCGCUGUCACUCGUUUUUUAGGGAAAAAUCUGAAAAACUUUCGAGGGUAAAUCUGUGCAGUAAUUUGACUUUAGCCAGGUAAAGGUUCAACUUUUUCUUUGUGUUUCUUUUUUUGUGUGUAAAAGUUACAGAUACAGUUGAGUAGAUAUGCGCGUUGUUAUAUUUUACAGUGUGUUCUCCCGAAACAUCAGAAAGAAGUGUACAGUUGGUGGUGACUGCGAUAGCUAACCCUGCUGCUGGGAGAACAUAACUUCAUCAAAUUUACUUUUUGGACUCCCUUUGAUUUAACUUUCGAUGAUCGAGGUUUCGAGUUUCGCUCUCCGAAAAACGUGAUUUUUUUUUUUGUCUCUUUGGGUUGAGUCUUUUUAAACAUAUAUUUUUUCUCGGGUAAAUAGUUAAAAAAAUAUAUUUUUUGUUGGAAUAAACAUGGAUCCGAGCCAGCACAACCCCCCGGCCGGUCACCAGAUAAUCCACGUCCGUGGAGACUCCGAGACGGACCUGGAGGCCCUUUUCAACGCUGUUAUGAACCCGAAAAAUACCAUCGUCCCCCCCUCCGUCCCUAUGAGGAUGAGAAAGCUUCCAGAUUCCUUCUUCAAACCGCCAGAGCCAAAGUCCCACUCCAGACAAACCAGCACAGACGCAGGUACAGCCGGUGCCAUCCCCCCCACCACGUGCGUGCCCACUCGUCCCCUGCCUCCCUACAGCUAGGGGCAGUGUCUCCCCUGUUGGGCAUGGUCCCUGCUGGCGCUCCCCCACCGCACCUCCGACAGUCAUCUUAUGAGAUCCCAGAGGACAUGCCCCUGCCCCCGGGCUGGGAGAUGGCCAAGACCCCCUCUGGACAAAGAUACUU